AACAGCUGUUACACGAAUUUCGCAAUUGUUAAUUUUUAUAAAGCUUUAUUUCACAUAUUUACGUUUUACUUUUUUUUAUAUAAAAUGAGUAUCACUAUUAAUGGGGAGUUAUCGAAUCUGGAUAAAAAAUCACUAGAUCAAUUAGUAUUUCGAAUACCAGCAGACGAUGGUUUAACACCAUGUUCCGUGCCAGCUUUGCAUAAACAUUGGGCUCCUCGUGCCAAUUUUGCAACAUAUGUAAGUCUUUUGACUCAGUAUGGUCGUGUGAAAAGUGGUGUAGAAUUGGAGGAGUGGCAAUACAAUUCAAAUUGCUUUUGCAAAGACAUGCAUUUUUUGUUAAACUGUCGCCAUCAUGAAUUUUGGUCAUAUAUGGUUUUUCAAAAGACUGCGCUAGCGGCGGUUGUUUCCUUUUUACAGCGGUCGACACCAUUUUAUUUGAAUGUUUGGUCACAAAUUGUUCAACAACAAAAUGUUAUAGAAAUAUACGAACAAAUACUAGAACUGGUGAUGCGUAUCGUUUGCCGGCUUAUUACUAAUCGUGAAUCGGAUGAAGCUUGGUUAAGUGUUGAGCAUCAGCGUGAAUUGAUUUAUAAAAACUACUUAAUAUCAGUGCCAAUGUUAUUCGAUUUACUUAUGGCUGUCGGAGAUGCAGAUCCACAAAACACAGCAAUAUUACGUCGAAUUUUUGAUUCACUUUUACGAAUUGAACCAAACUAUAAGCAGGAUAUCUUAGCCGCACUGUCAUUUUUCCGCACUGCAUUUCGAAGUAUACAAACGCAAGCCGAAAAUGAGGGAUUUGAAGGUGCUGGUGGAGGGGAUUUAGAUGAGAAUGCUGAAACCCCGUAUGAUGAUGUUGCUUUAUACACCUUAGAUUGUGCGUACUCACUAAGUGUACUAUUAGCUGUUUGUCCGGAAGUGCAGGCCUUAUGCGCUGAAAUUAAAUUGGGACAAAGUAUUGCGCAGUUCUAUGAUAAUACAAUACCUUUUUUGUACAAAAACAUAUUCCUCAUUAAUGAGGCUGCUACAAGUUUGGGCUGGCUUAAUAUGGCACGUUUAGAAUAUUUAAAGGCGUUUCGAAGUAUAGCUUACAGCUUUGUUGAAGCGGCCAUGGCAAACCCAGCUGAUAGUAUGCCGAACGCUGAACUACUUAUAGGAUUACUGACUGAAUGCCUCUCAGAGCAGACUUUCGUUAAUGAUUAUGGCCGCUUAUACCCUGUUGAACUAGAUGUUGAUAUACUUAAACAAACCUGCAAAAAUUUGGAUGGAUUUAAGGCGUCUUUUAUUGUGCAAGGAUAUCAAACAGAAUCAAAAUCGACUGUGGACAAAAACAACCCAAAACCGAAUAAAAAAACUAAAAAUUCUUCGAAAUUAAAUAAUAAAAAUAACCAAACAUCAAAUAAAGAUACGAAUAUUACAUCGUCCACAGUAGUAGCUCAAGAACGUGAUAUUGAUUUAGAAGUAACGUCAGUAUUGGAUGUUCUGCCUCAUUUAGGCACAGGGUUUGUUCGGCGUAUACUUUCGCGUUAUAACAAUAGCGAAGAGGCUAUUGCCGCUAUACUUGAAAACAAUCUACCACCUGAUCUAGUGAAUGCAGACCAAACCGAGGUAUAUAUACCACCCGAUCCUCAAGAUAAGACUUAUCAACAGACUGGUGUUAAACACUUUAACGUUUAUGAUGGCGAUGCAUAUGAUGUCAUGACGCAAGAUAACCCUAACUGUAUUAUUAAACAGGGUAAGGGCAUGCCAAACACACCAAGAGAUGCUGCUCAAAUGUUAGAUGAUAAAAGUGAUUUAGCUGAAAUAAAAUCACGCUAUCAAGCGUAUACACUAGUAAGUGAAGGGGAAAGUAGCAAUGAUGAAUAUAACGAUGAAUAUGAUGACAGUUAUGAAGCAUUAUUAGAAAGUGAGACACGUGUAGUUAAAUCGAAACAGCUUAAAGCUGGUCUGGCAAAUGUUGAAGAUGUAUCGGACGAAGAGAGUGAGGAUGAUCAGGAAACGGCAGAAGAUAAAUCCAAUUUAGAUGCACAAACUGAUCGUAAUAAACGAUUGAAUUUUUGUGAAAAUCCCGAAGAUAUUCGAGCUCGUUACGAAGCUCGACGACAGGCUAAAUGGGGUAAUCGCAAUCAUGGCGGCAAUUUCGAUAACAACAGUAAAGCGAGAGAUGUUGUUGGUGCGCCAAAAGGUCAAGGACAAGAUAAAGACACUUUGAGAAAUCGCGAUAAAAAAGAGAAAAAUAAAUCUUCGCGUGCAAACCAUAAUCGCAAAAUGGGUGCAGCCUUUAAACGUAGCAAAGGAAUGAUGGGCUAAUCGUGUUUAAGGUUCGUGUCCUCUACUCUUGUUGAUUUGCGUAGUGUUGAAUUGAUUAUUACUUACCCAAAUUAUUGAACAUUUUUUUAUGAAAUAAAAAUGAAAAAUAACAAAGUUUUCAAAGUA